AUGUCCGCUGGUUCCGUGCUGUUCCUGACCGUGCUGCUCACGGGCUACAUCUAUUGGGCCCUCGCACAACCCACCAACGUCCUGGAGAUUCGCUGUAAAUUCUACGCUCCCCCGAGCGUAGAGGACACCGGCAAGUGUUUCCACGGAGCCGAAGUAAAUCCCUGCGGGCGGUUGUCUUGUUUGAAGGGUGUCGGAGAGCACUGCGGCGAAAGCAUUGCCGGCAGCAUCAUGUACGGCAAGUGCGCCAGCGGACUGAUGUGCUGCGGGGGCAAGUGCGUCGGCUGCAAGAACGGCAUCUGCGACCACCGGAUGUGCCCACCGCGUGGUCCGAUGGUUGCCAGCCAGAGUCAGUUCGGUGCGAACCAGCAACCGCCGGCCAUCUUCCCGUCGCUGUACAAGAUGUUCGACUACUACAGCAGUGAGACUGAGUAG